AUGCAAUCCACUCACGGCGGUGGAAGCGGUGGGGGCGGAGGUGGAGGAGAGGUUAGUCGAAGUGGGUUGUCUCGGAUCCGUUCAGCUCCGGCGACUUGGAUUGAAACCCUACUCGAAGAUGAUGAAGAAGAAGGUUUGAAACCUAACCUCUGCUUAACAGAGCUUCUCACCGGAAACUCAACCGGGAUAGCGAGUCGUGACUCGUUCGAGUUCCCGAGUCCCGUUGAGCAGGGAUUGUACAACCACCAAGGUGGGUUUCACCGACAGAACAGCUCUCCGGCGGAUUUUCUAAGUAGCUCCGGAGCUGGGACUGAUGGGUUUUUUUCAAACUUUGGGAUUCCGGCGAGUUACGAUUACAUGUCGCCGAACGUUGACAUUUCUUCGACGAGUAAACGGUCGAGAGAAAUCGAAGCUCAGUUCUCUUCUCAGCUGAAAGAAGAGCAAAUGAGUGGUGGGAUAUCUGGAAUGAUGGAUAUGAACAUGGAUAAGAUUCUUGAAGAUUCGGUUCCUUGUAGAGUUCGUGCUAAACGUGGUUGUGCAACUCAUCCUCGAAGUAUCGCAGAGAGGGUGAGGAGAACCAGAAUAAGUGAUCGGAUCAGGAGGUUGCAAGAACUUGUUCCUAACAUGGAUAAGCAAACCAACACUGCAGACAUGUUAGAAGAAGCUGUGGAGUAUGUGAAGGCUCUUCAAAGCCAGAUCCAGGAAUUGACAGAGCAGCAGAAGAGGUGCAGAUGCAAACCUAAGGAAGAACAAUAA